UGCUCAAGUCCUGCCGUCUGUCGGGCAGGCCUGGGUUUCAGUCGUGGUUUUGCCCUGAUGCUCUUCGGAUAAUGGCUUCAUCUGGUCUGGGCCUCAGCUUCCUCUUCGUUAAAACAGAACUAAGAGGGUUUAAGAGGGUUAAGUGUAGGAGUGCCGGGGCCCCCUCCUGGCAGGCGGUAUGGGCGUUAGUAUGCACUUUGCCUUCGUGUAAUGCCUUUGCCCCCUCGAGAAGGACUUCACGCUUCUCUCAUGUAGUCCUCCCCCGGGGCAGAGAGGGAGGUGGCAUCAUCUGCACUUGCAGACCGGAGACCCCCGGAGAAGCAGAGCAUGGACGUGCUCUUUCAGUUCUGGUCGCAGGAGGGUGAUGUGAAGAGGAAUGAAGUUUCCAGCUUAGUUUAUGAAGUGCCAUAGCUGUGGAGGCAUUUAUUUAUUUACUCAUACUUUCUUUUUUAUUAUUAUUUUUUGGGGGGGGGGAAUUUUUUGAGGUAUAAUUGGCACAUAACAUGAUAUUGGUUUCAGGUGUACUAGGUAACAUCCAUCAGCACUUGUACUUAGAAGUUGUUUUCCCUUCUAAGUUCUCUAAGAUGAGAACUUUUAGGAUCUACUUUUAAGAUCUCAGCAAUUUUCAAAUAUACAAUGCAGUAUUGUGCUGAAGUAUCUGUAGUUACCGUACUGUGUAGCACAUGCCAGGACUUAUAACUGGAAGUCGGUACCUUCUGACCACUUCAUGCCUUUCACUCACCACCCCACUCCCCUUCUCUGGCAACCACUAAUAUGUUUUCUGUAACUAUUAGUUCAGGAUUUUUUCUUUCUUUAGAUUCUACGUAUUAGUAAGAUCAUAUGGUAUUCAUCUUCCUCCAUCUGACUUACUUCACUUGGUGUAAUGCCAUUAAGGUCCAUCCAUGUUGUUGGAAAUGGCAGAAUUUUCUCACCUUUUCGUGGCUGAGUAAAUAUUCCUUUGUGUAUAUGUACCACAGUUUCUUUAAACAUUUACCCGUUGGUGGACAUUUUGGUUGUUCCCAUACCUUGGCAGUUAUAAAUAAUGCUGCAGUGAGUACAGGGGUGCAUAUAUCUUUUCAAGUUAGUGUGUUCAUUUCCUUAGGAUAAACACCCAGCACUGGAAUUGCUGGACCGUGUAGUAGUUCUGUUUUUAACUUUUUGAGGAACCUCUAUACUGUUUCCAUAGUGGCUGCACCAAUUUACAUUCCCAUCAACAGUGCGCAAGGGUUCACUUUUCUCCACACCCUCACCGACACUUGUUAUUACUUGACUUUUUGGUGAUGGCCAUUCUGACAGGUGGGAGUGAUAUCUCAUUGUGGUUUUAAUUUGCAUUUCUCUGAUGAUUAGUGAUGUUGCGCACCUUUCCACGCACCUGUUGGUUAUCUAUGCCUUCUUUGGGAAGAGGUCUCUUCGGAUCCUCUGCUCAUUUUUAAAAUCAGAUUAUUUGUGCUCUUAUUAUAGUGUUGUAUGAGUUCUUUACAUAUUUUGAUUAUUAACCCCUUAUCAGAUACAUGAUUGGCAAACUGUUUUUCCUAUUCAGUAGGUUGCCUUUUCAUUUUGUUGGUGGUUUCCUUUGCUGUGCAGAAGCUUUUUAGUUUGACAUAGGCCCAUUUGUUUAUUUUUGCUUUUGUUACCUUUGCUUUUGGUGUCAAUCCAAAAAGUCAUCUCCAAGACCCAUGUCAAGGAGCUUACCUUUAUGUUUUCUUCUAUGAAGGAGUUUUAUGCUUUCAGGUCUUUGAAACCUGUAAUACAUUUGAGUUUAUCUUGAGUAUGGUAUAAGGUGGUGGUCUAGUUUCAUUGUUUUGAAUAUGGCUGUCCAGUUUUCCCAACACCAUUUUUUUUUUGAAUUUUAUUUUUUUAUACAGCAGGUUCUCAUUAGUUAUCCAUUUUAUACAUAUUAGUGUAUGUAUGUCAAUCCCAAUCUCCCAGUCCCAGCACCAUUUAUUGAAGAGACUGUCCUUUCCCCAUUGUAUGUUCUUGGCUCAUUUGUUGUAAACUAACUGGCUCUGUACACAUGAAUUUAUUUCUGGGCUCUCUAUUCUGUUUUAUUAGCUUACAUGUCUAUUUUUAUGUUAACACUGUACUGUUUUGAUUACUGUAGCUUUGUAGUAUAGUUUGAAAUCAUGCCUCUGUGAUCAUGCCUCCAUAUAGUUUGAAAUGUUGCCUCCAGCUUUGUUCUUGUUUCUCAGGAUUGCUUUGGCUAUUCAUGGUUUGUUUUUUGUUUUUUUUUUUGGUUCCAUAUAAAUUUUAAGAUUGUUGUAUUUUUGUGAAAAAUACCAGUGGGAUUUUGAUAGGGGUUGCUUUAAAUUUGUAGAUGGCUUUGGGGAGUGUAAACAUUUUAGCAAUAUUAAUUCUUCCAACCCACGAGCAUGGACUGUCUUUAUUUGUGUUUUCAGUUUCUUUCUUCAGUGUCUUAUAGUUGUCAGUGUACAGGUCUUUCACCUCCUUGGUUAAAUUUAUUCCUAAGGAUUUUAUUCUUUUUGACACAAUUAUAAAUCUGGUUGUUUCCUUAAUUUUUAAUAGUUUGUGAGUAUUUAAAAGUCGGCCGAUUUUUGUAUACUGAUUUUAUAUUCUACAACCUCACUGACUCUGUUUAUUCUAACAGUUUUUUUGGUGGGGUCUUACAGAGUUUUCUAUAUAUAAUAUCAUGCGCAAAUAGAGGUUGUUUUACUUCUUUCUUUAUGAUUUGGGUGGUUUUUAUUUUUCUUGUCUAAUUGCUCUGGCCAGGACUUCCAGUACUAUGUUGAAUAAAAAUGGUGAGAGUGGGCAUCCUUGCUUUGUUCCUGGUCUUAGAGGAAAGCUUUUAGCUCUUCACCAUUGAGUAUGAUGUUAGCUCUGGGCUUGUCAUAUAUGGCUUUUAUUAUGUUGUGGUACUUUCUGUCUGUACACAAUUUAUUGAGGUUUUUAUCGUGAAUGGAUGUUGAAUUUUGUGAAACAUUUCUUCUGCAUUUAUUGAGAUGAUUGUAUGAUUUUUAUUUUUUACGUUGUUAAUGUGUGUCACAUGGAUUGGUUUGGGGAGGUUGAGCCAGCCUUGCAUCCCUGGAAUAAAUCCCAACUGAUCAUUGUGCAUGAUCUUUUAUUUACUUAUUUAUUUAUUUAUUUUAUUUAUAUAUUUUUUGGUUGCAUCGGGUCUUGGUUGUGGCACACGGGAUCUUUCAUUGCGAUGCGCGGGCUUCUCGCUAGUUGUGGCAUGCAGGCUCCAGAGUACAUGGACUCUGUAGUUGUGGCGCGUGGGCUUCAGAGCAUGUGGGCUCUGUAGUUGUGGCGCUGGGCUCAGUAGUUGUGGUGUGCGGGCUUAGUUGCCCCAUGGCACGUGGGAUCUUAGUUCCCCAACCAGGGAUCGAACCCGUGUGCCCUGCAUUGGAAGGCGGAUUCUUAACCACUGGACCACCAGGGAAGUCUCCAUGAUCUUUUAAAUUAAUUGUUGAAUUCAAUGUGCUGUUAUUUUGUUGAAGAUUUUUACAUCUACGUUCAUUAGGUAUAUUGGCCUGUAAUUUUCUUUUCUUGUUGUGUCCUUGUCUGGUUUUAGUAUCAGAGUAAUACUGGUCUUGUUGGGCUUCCCUGGUGGCACAGCAGUUAAGAAUCUGCCUGCCAAAGCAGGGGACACAGGUUUGAGCCCUGGUCCGGGAAGAUCCCACAAGCUGCAGAGCAACUCAGCCCUUGUGCCACAACUACUGAGCCUGUGCUCUAGAGCCUGCAAGCCACAACUACUAAGUCCACGUGUCACAAUUUCCGAAGCCCGUGUGCCUAGAGCCCGCAACGGAGAGCCGCCCCCGGCUCGCUGCAACUAGAGAAAGCCACGCACAGCAACAAAGACCCAACAGAGCCAAAAAAAAAACAGACAAAAAACUGGUCUUGUUUUGGAGGCAUUUAGAAUUCUUUGAAAGGUUUUCUAGCCCAGAAGGCCCUCCACUGGCCAUUCUCCCCAAAGGCUGUGUAUUCGCCUGGGAGACCGGAGCCAGAGGCCUGCCUUUGGCCCAGACCUGCGCCUGUGUUUAAGGGGCAUGUCUGGGUAGGCCCCACUCCAGGAGCUGGGAGGCUGGCGGAGUGUGGGCCUCACCUCCCCUGGGAGCUGUCUUGCAUGCCUGACUUCAUGUUUCCUGUGCUUGCCCAGGAACGGCCCGGGCCCUGGCCAUGGGGCACUGUCGCCUCUGUCACGGGAAGUUCUCCUCCCGGAGUCUCCGCAGCAUCUCUGGCAGGGCGCCUGGGGAGAGCUCAGAAAGACCGGCCCCUGGGGACCGUGUUUUUGUCCGGGACUUCCAGCGCCUCCUGGGGGUGGCCGUCCACCAGGACCCGGCUCUGUCCCAGUUUGUCUGCAAGAACUGCCACACCCAGUUCUACCAGUGCCACGGCCUCCUCACGUCUUUCCUGCAGAGAGUCAACGUCCCCCCCACGGGCCGCCGGAAGCCUUGUGCAAAUGGACCUGAUCGCUUCGAGCCCCCAGGGCCUGCGUGGCUUGGUGGGGUGGGUGCACGGACACGCGGCCGGCUGCGGGGCCCUGCCCGGCCUCCAGAGGACCCUGUCCUCCGAGUACUGUGGCAUCGUCCGGGCCGUGUGGGGCUGUGACCGAGGGCACGACUACACCAUGGACGCCGACUCCAGCUGCGGGGCCCUCUUGCCGGACGGCACCUUGGGCGUCAGGCGGACGUGGGACAAGGAUUUGGCCCCAGGGCUCCCCCGGCAUCGGGGGUCCAGCCCCAGCGGGGCUGCCCCUCAGAGCUCCCAGGGCAGAGCGAUCGCCGCCGGGGCCGAGACCGAGACGCUGCCCAGCACGGACACAGCCCGGCCUCCUUCAGAUGGCGACCCGGUGGGGCCUGGGCCGGGCCCCCCGCCUCAGCCAAGCCUCCCCCAAAGCGGGGCCCCAGGGCAGUUGGGUGAGAAGCAGGUUCCCUCUCCAACCUCGGAUGAUCGGGUAAAAGACGAGUUCAGUGACCUUUCUGAGGGAGACUUCCUGAGUGAAGACGAAAAUGAUAAGAAGCAGAAUACCCAGUCCUCAGACGAGUCCUUUGAGCCCUACCCAGAAAAGAAGAUCUCUGGUAAGAACAGUGAAAGCAAAGAAGCCAAGAAGUCAGAAGAACCAAAAAUUCGAAAGAAACCUGGGCCCAAGCCGGGCUGGAAGGGCAAGCCGCGCUGUGAGAGGGAGGAGCUGCCCACCAUCUACAAGUGUCCUCACCAGGGCUGCACGGCCGUGUACCGUGGGGCUGACGGCAUGAAGAAGCACGUCAAGGAGCACCACGAGGAGGUCCGGGAGAGGCCCUGCCCGCACCCCGGCUGCAACAAGGUGUUCAUGAUCGACCGCUACCUGCAGCGCCACGUCAAGCUCAUCCACACAGAGGUGCGGAACUAUAUCUGUGACGAGUGUGGGCAGACCUUCAAGCAGCGGAAGCACCUCCUGGUCCACCAGAUGCGCCACUCAGGAGCCAAGCCCCUGCAGUGCGAAGUCUGCGGGUUCCAGUGCCGGCAGCGGGCAUCCCUGAAGUACCACAUGACCAAGCACAAGGCCGAGACGGAGCUGGACUUUGCCUGCGACCAGUGUGGCCGGCGGUUCGAGAAGGCUCACAACCUCAACGUGCACAUGUCCAUGGUGCACCCCCUGACGCAGACCCCGGACAAGGCCCCGGAGCCCCCGCCUGGGCCCGCAGCGGGGCAGGCCGUGAAGGCUGAGCCUACCUGAGGGCACGCCCGCCCCCGAGCUCAGUGGGCAGUGAUGGGGGUUCAGGCCUGACGGCACAGCUCUGCACCCCGACGAGCCUCCACCCCGUGUGCUGGGUGGCAGGGGCUCAGCACACAGCUCACGGGGCCUUGUGGCUUCUGCUCUGGGACCGGCAGUUUCUUCUAUAAACAGAGUGACUUGGGGCCAGAGGCAGACUUCAAAGAAAUGAUUCCUCUUCCCCACUAAUGCAGUCGAGGUUUUGUAACCCACUUUUCAGGGCAACGGAGAGCUCCACGUUAACGCUUGUAAUAAAUUAUUUACCGAGGAGUUGGGCUAUGCCCUGCACAGAUCCUGUCAGAAGAGUCGGGGCUCCUGGUAGAGGUCAGGGUCCAGCAUGGCCUGCUGCCUGCUGAGGAGGGCGGCACGCACUUCCGGGUCACAGUCUGCACUCGCACCCAGCAGCUGCAAGAAAGCCCGUGUGCUGGGCCCGUGCUGCUGCCCAUGGCCCCCAAACACCCAGGGCCCGGGGAGAUGCCAAGUGCUGGACGCUGCAUGUUCGUUUUCCCGAAGGCGUUCAGCACCCUCACAGUGAACAGUGAUGGGGACUUAAAGACAGACAGCAAGGCGAGCAUCUGGGCAUUACCUCUGCCACGUCUGAGAAGCUCCUUUUCGGGCACCGAGGUAUCGACUGCAGCAGAAAAAGACGAGCGUUUGUAAUCAGGCUUACGGGGUCGCCCUGGAGAGAAGACAGAGCCGCGGUCAGGGUGCCCACAGCUGCACGCUGCGCCAGGAGGGGCUGCACAGGCCCCCAAGAGCUGGCCGCCCGGGUCCGUCUGGAGACAGGCCUGGCCCUGCACCUGCCUGGGCCUGGAGGUCCCCACUGUGGGCCAGAGUCGAAACCGCACCAGUCUCCCCAGCCACGAAGAGGCCCACGAGCUUCAGGUACAUGUUAACAGCAACGUGCAGGAAGGCGUCUUCCUGGAGGAGGGCGUCCUCGUCAAAGUAGGACAGGAGGCUGAAAGCAGAGACGGAUGUCAGGUGACCCGGCCCUCACUGACCUCACUGAGGCCGGUGCAGGCAGCAGAGGAGCAGCCUUUCCCAUCUCAAGGGAGCCCCGCCGCCCCUCCCCUGACCAGCAGGCCCCGGGGGUUACCUGUAGAAGGCGACCGGCAGCAGCCUGACGUGGUGGUCGGGGGCCAGGCGGAGGAGGGUGCGCCCCAGGCCGGCAUCUGCAACACAGAGGGGCUCCGUCAGCAACGCAGGUGCCUCCCUGCAGGGUCAGGGUCUUCACGGGCGUCGUGUGCCUGGUGACGCAGGGGUGAUGUCCUCAUGCUGCAGAGUAGAGCUUGGGGGCCGGGGUCCCUGGGAUCCUCGAUACUCCACUAAAUUAUUUUGCUUAAAUGAGUCUGCAUACUUACCAAGAACAGAAACUUGCAAAAAUGAGUUUUCAAAGUGAGCCCCAAGGAGAGGCUCAUGUUUAACCAUCUGAAAGUUGCUUCUGAAGAGAAGGACUAAAGAACGGGGCCGCAGUCUGACCCUGCCGCCCCCUGUGCUCCCGGCAGAGGGCUGGAAACCAGGACAGACACAGGUCGGCCAGUCGGUCUCCGGAUUUCUCACCCGUCUCCGUCAACUGAAAGAGCGGCAGCCAGGAAAUCCUCUUCCUCUGCAGACACCCCAGGACCUCGGCACAGACGUCCAGAGGCUUCAGGGAGCCAGCGGCCUGUUACCCACAGGAGGAGGAGGAGAAGGACCCUAAGCUGACAAGUGCGCAAGGAAGAGGUGUCCACCUGGGGCCUCUGGACAUAAGACACCAAGAGGCAGGCCAACGGCCUGGGGUUUUCUCUCCUGAGAAAGCCUUCGACACAAGGGUCCCAGGUGCACCCACCCCCACCCCCACCACGAGACCCUAACUCAGGAGGUCUCGGGGGAGACGGGGAGACCCAUGGUUUCAAGUGCCCUGGGGGGUCGUACCAGCUGCUCGCUGCCCUGCCCACGGCGGCAGAGGGUCUGACCUACCUGUGGGGUCAGAUGUGAAGAGAGCAGGCCCAUCAAGGAAAAAAAAAACAGGAAAACCAACAGCUGCAAAUAAAAACAGGUCCACUGACAACAUAAAACUACCUGUGCUCCGUUCCCUUAAAGUAAUUCUAAAUGGGGAAAGAACACAUUCCUCGUUAACUGAACAAUUUACAGGCCUAGGUUAUAAAUCUCUCUUAAGUGGAUCUCCAGAAAAAGAAAAUUUUCCAGUCACUCUUAAAGAGAAAAUGUAAUGGGUUAUGAACUAUUACUGCUUGGGGACCUGUCUCUGCUGAUCCCCCAGGCCAGAGCCUGAGGAGGUGACAGUGGCCUGGAGGCUCUGGAGCCGCUAAAAUCCUUCCAGCAAAAACCACCUGAAAACUCAAAAUAGACUCUCCCUGGUAGCUUCUUCCUUUAAAUUAUAAUCACCAAAAACUCAGCUCAGCAACUGUUCUCAGGCAGGUGUGUACGGCCUGAGCUACUGCGGGACCCUGGCUUUCACAACCAGGGGUUCAGCUGGGGGAGACACAGGGGAGCACGCCACAGCUCUGGGUAGGGGGCCCCGGGGGGUCCCACAGCUCCCAGUGGGGCCACCAGCCUGCCAUCCGAGCAGCCCUCUGUCCACCCUUGGUCUUUGCCAGCAGCUAACUGGGGUGCGGGUGCCUGGAGGCUAUGAGAAGGAAGGUCCCGCUGGACAGCUGACAGCCAGCCCUGACCCCCCACCCCGGGGGUUGCGUUGAUAAACAGGCCGAAUAAAAGCACUUGAGAAUGAAAUGUAAAGUACCCUUUUUAUCAACAAACCUGAGAACCUAAGUCUUACUAAACCUACAAACCCAGUAAGUUUUUGCUUCCAAAUAAAGUUACAAGCACCCCAAA